AUGAGGUAUACUGGUCGGUGGAUGGCAAAGAGAUUCUCACCUGUGCUGUGCGUUUAUUUGGCGUUGGUGUUGUGCAAGAACAUGUUCUCCACUAAGAGUUUCGUCGUUUUGAUUGCACUCCUGAUUCAUUAUGUCCAUUCGAAGCCUGCAGAGGGUGAUGCUGCUGCGCAGACUAUCAAGUUCGAUAAUGAUUUGAGGCUGGAUGGAUACAACUUUGGAUUCGAGACGAGCAAUGGUAUCAAGCGGAAUGAAAAUGGAGUUCUGAAACCAGGAACCGGCAAAGAUCAAGAUCAAACUCUGAAUGUUGAUGGAGACUUUUCGUUCACAUUUCCAGAUGGAACACCAUUCAGUGUGAAAUUUGUAGCAACUGAAGACGGAUAUCGGCCACAAGUUGUCAUCGGCCAGGCAAGAAGUGGAUAAUAAUCUACUCUAUCUCAUCGAUUGUUAAUUUCAUGUGUUGUUAAAUGAUUAUUCAAUAUUUUUCGUCUCAUUUUUAUAUCCGAUGAAUUAUUAUAUUUUGAAUAGAUUAGAAUUUCAUAUGAUAAUUUCAAAUUUUUGAGUUGCUUAUCAAGAGAUAACAACUUUCAAAAUAAAUGAAAUAUAUUCGAUAACGAUAGUUCCUCAUUGGAAAUUAUACUUUUCAAACGAAAUUUCAGAUGGAGUGGAGUGUCAUAUAUCUCACUGUGAAAUUGCCCUUCUAAUGACAUUCAAUAUAUUUAUUUCAAUUUGCUUGAAGGACUAUUAGAUGGCCAAAUUCAUCGAAUCUUGAAUACACAUUCUCUCUUGGGUGUCAUUCGAAUGGACUCCAUUUUUAUGUCCUUCUGAUUUCAAAUUCAAUUAGGAGGCGAGCACGAAGUCAUUUCCACGACUUUCCAAUCUGAAAACAUCAAAUCAGGAACAUGUUCCGGGAAUAUAUGUGAUGUUCCUGAUUUUAUGUUAUCGAGAAUAAGAGUCGUGGAAACAACUUCGUGCUUUUUUCAUUGAAUAUAAACCCUAUCAUGCCACUGAAAUGAACUUCGACUUACGCUUUUUCCUUCUGAUUUGUUUCCAAGAUAAUGUUUGCAACAGUUCUCUUGAACUCUAGCAGAUCCAGUUUGCUACCGUUUAUCUGAUGAAUUUGAUAUCAAUGUGUACACAGCGGAAAAUACAAUUCCUUCAAAUAACUAGUGAGGAGUUAGUUAGUUAUAUCCAACAAAUUCUAGAGUUUCGGCUUUUAGAACCUAUGAUAUGCUUUUUAGUUUUGUUUUCACAGGUUGAAACGAUCCAACAUCAGGUAUUGAAGGAAGUAUUUGGUCUAGAAAAUAGCUGCGCUAGCGGUAUAGCAUCAUCAAAAUCCUAUGCAUUCCUUCUAUACUUGGUCAUAUCCUCGGUUGAUUCAGAAUCAACUGCAGCUAACAUUAUAUCUUCUUGGUUUUCUACAAUCACUCCACUAGCAUUCCUCAGGCUGCUGCUUAGAAUUUCAUUCAUAGUAAUCAAUUAUCCAUCUCCGGAAUCAUUGUCUGUCACAUCAUCGCUCGCAUUUUCAGGAGGAAUUAUUAUCAUCUCGCCAGGAGGAACUGAUAUGACAUUAGCAUUUUCUAGUUUCUCCAAUAGUUCAUGGAGUUUCAACAGCCUCCUAAAAUGAUAUUGAUUAUCCAAGUAGAAGUAUAUUCUACAACCAUCAUUAUGAAAGGACGACGCUAUUCUCGUGCUUUGCACGUGUGAAAUGAAAUAUUAUGGCCAAUUAUGACUCCUACAAUAUUUCACAAAUACCAAAAUAUCUCGAAUAUAAGUAAUGAAAUAAUCAGAAUAUUUAUAAUGAGCACUAUGUCAACAAUAUACAAUUAUCACUUUAUAAUUCUUCACUGAAGUCCAAUUCUGCCAACAACUGGUCAGUAUGAUGUUAUAAUAGGUCACCUUGUGGCGUCAUCUAAUAAAGAAUUCAUGAACAAAACUGAUGUACGCUACGCUGUGAGCUGUGUAACACCUUUCAAAAGGACGAUUGUUACAUAUGGGUCGAGAAUAAUGUUGAUUGAUUGAAUCGGUUAAUCCACCUUUCUGCUAAGGCUUGAAAUUGAGAUAGAAAUAGAUUUAUUUGAAAUAGAUAUCCUAAUAUACAUACAUAGAGAUUAAGAGAUUUUACAAAAAUAUAAGUUUACAACGAAAUAUAUAAGACAUAUACAGUAUAAUAUAGGUGUAUAAAAAAGUUACAGUAGUGAAUGAUAAAAAGAUUGAAAGAUAAAAGGAUGAUGAACGAUGAACAACUCAGUUGGAAUCAUAGUGCGCUCGCAGAUAUUGAGAUAAAGAGCGUUUGAAGAGUUGGAGGGUGUUGAUUUGUUUAAUUUCAUUAGGAAGUUUGUUAUAAUCCAGGAGCCCUCUAUGAAAUAAAGAGUUCAUUGUUCUUACAAGGGUUGUUCGUGGAACAAACAAGUCAUCUCUUCCUCUUGUAGCAUAGUUGUGAAUCUGAUGGUUAUAUGUGAUGAAUUCAUUGAAAUAAUGUGGUGCUUCACCAGUGAGUAUUUUCAAUAUCAAUAUCAUUGUUAAAUAUUGUAAUCUAUCUUCUACUGUCAUCCAAUUCAGAAUAUUUAUCAUUGAUAAUAUAGGAGUAUACUUAUUUCAUUUUAAUAUCAAAAGUAUUCCUCUGUUUCGAAACUGUAGGAGUUCCUUGUAUAAACUCUAGUGAAUCGAUAUAGUGAGCUAGGUGAUGACGGAUAAUUUAUGAUUGUUAUGUCAGUCAUUCUGGUGACAGAUUAAAAACUGUAGAUAAUAUAAUAAUAACUACGAAAUAGCCACAAUGCUCACAGUGGAAUGAAAUAGUAAAUAAAUGUGAAAAGCUCACAGUCAUUUCCACCCAGUGUUCAUAAAAAAAUAAACAACAAUGGUAGAUUUCGGGAGAAAAACAACUACUUCCCUGCAUAGAUUUCGGGAGGAUGUAAUUCAAUAUCCUGCGUGGCAUUGGCCAGGGAAGUAGUUGUUUUUCUCCCGAAAUCUACCAUUGUUGUUCAUUUUUUUAUGAACACUGGGUGGAAAUGACUGUGAGCUUUUCACAUUUAUUCAAUAUAAUAAUAGUUAUUCAUUAUACAAGGGAAAAUGGUAGUAGAUUUUACCACCAGGUUGUGUUGUCUCCCGACGCGUAGCGGAGGGAGACAACAAACCGUGUGCUAAAAUCUAAUAGUUUUCCCGUGUAUAAUAUACUAUUUUUUUCUGUGACAGGAAGAGAAACGCUUCAGUAUUGAGAAGAUAUUUCAUAUAAUCAGAAAAUUAUCAAUGUGAAAUUUGUACUUCUUACACCUCCAUUGUGGGCAUCUUUAUUGCCAUGUCAUUCUAUUGUCAUAUUCUGUCAAUGUAAUUCUGUGGUUUGAUUUUUGAUUUAAAAAUCAUUGCGAACUUAUAUAGUGAUGAAGUAGUUAUUUUGAAUGAAAUUAAAUGUCUGAAUUCGAGUUUUUGUCUUACUCCACCGGAGUAAGUCGAAGCAGCGGAAGUAGCGUCACAAAAAUUAUUACCAGCUAAAUCGCGGAGAAUUAACGAAACCGCGUAUUCAAGAUUCAUGGAAUGGAGAAUGAGAAAGUCAUGCAGUUCUGUUGUAUUGGCCUAUUUU